AUGGUGGUUCCAGAUCCCAAAACCAUUUCCCAAGGCGAGGUUGAAUCGCCAUUACAAUCAGACCAACAACACAAGAACCAUCAAUUAUCGUCGCUUGGAAGACAUUCAUCCAUUUACUCACUAACUCUGGAUGAGUUUCAGCACACACUAUGCGAGAGAGGCAAGAACUUCGGCUCCAUGAACAUGGACGAAUUCCUCACCAGCAUCUGGAACGCUGAAGAAAACCAAGCCAUCAACUCCACCAUUAAUAAUAACAACAUUAACAACAAUGUCAUCAACAACCAGAAACAACUAUCUUUAAUAGACGCAUCAAGCCAUAAAGGUAUAGCGAAGCAGCCGAGCUUGCCGAGACAAGGAUCCCUCACUCUUCCCGCACCCUUGUGCAGGAAGACUGUGGAGGAAGUUUGGUCCGAGAUACACAGAGGGCAACACGGGCAGCAGCACAAUAAUAAUAAUAAUAAUAAUAGUAAUGUACAGAAUCCCGAGGCUGCCUCUCGGCAACCUACUUUUGGAGAGAUGACAUUGGAGGAUUUCUUGAUUAAAGCAGGGAUAGUGAGGGAAACAACGUCACAGCAUGCUCAUCAGCAGCAACAACAUUUUGGGUUUUACCAAACGAAUAACAACCCAGUGAUGAGUCCUGCAAGUUUUGGUGCAAGGCCUCUAAUGGGAAUGAAUGCAAUUAGUGGUGGAGGAAGCAACAGUGGAACCGUUGGUCCGUCGUAUCAGCCGAUGACAACGGGUCGUGGAGUGAUGGCGGAGUCAGCAGUGUAUAAUGGAAAUGAAAAGAGAAAUGGUGGGUACCCAGCAGUGGCUCAGCAGCAGCAGCCGCCACCACAACAAGGUGUUUGUUAUGGUGGAAGAGGAGGUGGGUUUGCGGCGGGGCAGGCGAUUGGGGCAGUGAGUCCAGCGUCAUCGGAAGUGUGUGCGAAUCAAAUGGAUAGUUCAGGAAGUCAAUUUGGGAUGGAAAUGAGUGGGUUGAGAGGAAAAAGGAGAAUUAUUGAUGGACCGGUGGAGAAGGUUGUUGAGAGGAGGCAACGGAGGAUGAUAAAGAAUAGGGAAUCCGCAGCAAGGUCUAGAGCUAGAAAACAGGCCUACACAGUUGAACUAGAAGCAGAAUUGAACCAAUUAAAAGAAGAGAAUGCUCAUCUCAAGCAGGCCCUGGCCGAUCUCGAGAGGAAAAGAAAACAACAGUAUUUUGAGGAAUUAAAACAGAAAGCGUAUACCAAGGCCCAAAAGGCUAAAGAAAAAUUGAGAAUAAUGAGGCGGAACUUGAGUUGUCCCUUGUAG